AGCUGAAGCAAUGAAGAGGAUGAAUAAUGUGACGGAAUUCAUCCUCCUGGGCCUGACAGAGAACAUAGAGCUUCAAAAAUUUUCAUUUGCUGUGUUUUUCAUUGUCUACUUGGUUACCCUGGCAGGCAACCUGCUCAUCAUGAUCACCAUCAGCACCAAUAGGUCUUUAGGAUCCCCCAUGUACUUCUUCUUGUUUUACUUAUCCCUUAUAGAUGGCUGCUGUUCUUUAUCCAUGACCCCAAAAAUGCUAGCUGACAGUCUUACAGCAAGAAAAACCAUCUCUUUUGGUGGGUGUAUGACUCAAAUCUUUGCUGUGCAUCUUUUUGGUGCUGCUGAGAUCAUUCUGCUGACGGUGAUGGCCUAUGACCGCUACGUGGCCAUCUGCAAACCCCUGCACUACAUGACCAUCAUGAGCCACAGGCUGUGCAUUCUCCUGGUGAGAAUAGUCUGGGCUGGAGGCUUUAUCCACGCAACCAUUCAGGUCCUCUUCACGGCCUGGCUGCCCUUCUGUGGCCCCAGUGUCCUAGACCACUUCAUGUGUGACUUGAUCCCUUUGUUGGAACUUGUUUGCAUGGACACUCAUACCCUUGGUCUCUUUGUUGCUGCUAACAGUGGAUUCAUAUGCUUGUUAAACUUCCUCCUCUUGGUGGUCUCCUAUGUGGUCAUCCUGCACUCCCUAAGGGCCCAUAGCUUGGAGGGGAGGCGCAAAGCCCUUUCCACCUGUGCCUCUCACAUCACAGUGGUCAUUUUACUCUUUGUGCCCUGCAUAUUUGUGUAUCUGCGGCCAGCAACUACCUUCUCCAUUGAUAAAGCUGUGGCUGUCUUUUAUACCAUGAUCACUCCUAUGUUAAACCCCUUAAUCUAUACCCUUAGAAAUGCAGAAGUGAAAAAUGCUGUGAAGAAGCUCUGGGGUCCGAAAGCGACCUCAAGUGAGAAGUAAUCAUACCAACAUAAAACGACUUUAUUCUUUAAAUGUUGAAGAGAAGGGAAGAGAAUUUCUAUGGAUCAAGAUCAGGUGAACACUAUUUUUCUGAAAUAAUUGGAUAUUGGCAUAUAGGUAUUUUGAGAAAAGGCCCAGAUAGGAAAUUACUUAUCAGUAUAAGAAUAUUCCAUUUAGAUUUCUUUAUUGUCUAUGGUUGUUGAUCUUUAAAAUACUGGCAGAAUCAGUUAGGGCUUCUUAAAAGGCAGAUUCCCUUGACACAGCUCUAGACGUUCUAAUUCAGAGGAGUGUUGUAUUUACAUAUCCACAUUUCAACAAAUGACCCAGAUGUUUCUGAAGCAGGUGAUCCAUUCGCUCUGAGCAAUAGUGCUGUAGAUUCCGUUCACAGGAAUUUCAUGGGAAGCAUCCCUCACAGCAGAAGCUAUGAGAACCAUGAAACUCAAAUCUUCAUAAAUCGUGCAAUGAAAACCCACUACUUCGGCAAAUGCAAAACUAAAACGAAAUGUCCUGAGAUAAUAGGAAUGUUUAGGUAUUUAUUCUCAAUUUUCUCUUUCUGUACAUUCUAAUCUUCUGCAACAUAAAGUCUCAUUUUCUUUUUAUUCCUUCCUGCCUCCAAAAGGAAAGGUUUGCUAUUUAUUUUAGCUGCAUUACUUGGAUGAAA